GUGGCGUUAACUCUCUGAUGACCUUUUUUGCAGUAAACAGUUUCACCCGUGGAUUCUAUUUCGGGCCUUGUUUACAUUCGUGCGUUCGACUGUUUGCUUUUCCAAAAUAUUAAUGCAAGUUUCUUAUCAUGAAACUUUCGAAAAGGGAAAAUGUCCUUUGUUAAAAACCGAAGGUAAGCCAUGAUAUAAAAAAGGCCCUGUCCUUAUAAUUUUGCAGUGAAACUACGAGGCGCGGCAGAGUGGUUUCACUUUUGUUUUGAACAUUGUUGACGUCAUUUCUAUGAUCAAUAAGGUUAUAGACAAUGAAAACUUGUGAUCAAUUUGAUAAUCGACUUGGAAAAACGCUUUGAAAAUAAAGACUGUUAAAUUGUCAACUUUUAAUCCGAGAUCACGAGAUCCUAAAGAGCUUUGAUUCCCUGCUUAAAAUAGUAUGCUUAAUUAAGUCACGUUUUCUCGGAAUCAAGGACACCCAAGGUAAAAAAUUACGACAUCUGUAGAGAUCAAUUUUAGGAUCACGAGAGCUGUCUUGAAGAGAUCUGAUUGGUUGCUUUAAAUAGGAUGCCUCCUCAGGCAAGCCUUCUCGGAAUCUAAAGCACAUUUCGCGGCUGUGUUUUUUUCUGCAAUUCGUGAUGGAGUCGCUUCUUAAAAACCUCAAAGAGCAUGUAACAUGUUCGAUUUGUCUGGAUACUUACACCAAACCCAAGACCAUUUCUUGCCUUCAUACGUUCUGCUGUGAAUGCCUGGAGCGACAUGCCUUAACGAGCCAAAAACAAGGGUUUUAUCGAUGCCCCGAGUGUCAGGCACAAAUUUGCAUCCCUGAAGGAAAGCGUUUUGAUAAUCUGCCAAGCAGUUUUCUGCACAACAGUUUGUUGAGUCUUCUUGCUGUUCGACGCAGUGGCGAAGGAAGCGAGAUCAGCUGUAGUACAUGCCAGAAGAAGAGCGCUGAGAUCAAUUACUGCUUCGAUUGCGAGAAGUUUAUGUGCCCAGACUGUGUGAAAGCACACGAAGUGUUUCGAGAUACUAUAUUUCAGGGACACAAAGUCACACCAGUUCGACAGUUUCAAGCUGCAGACUACGAGGCCUUGUUGAAACGGCAAUCGUUUUGCUCGGAGAAGUAUCACGAGAAAGAGGUAACGAAGUUCUUCUGCGUGGGAUGUCAAAGCUGUGUUUGUCAAGUUUGUAUUAACACCGAUCACAAAAGCCAUGAUGUUGUUCCGCUUGAAAAGGCAGCAGACGAUGAAAAAGCAAACAUCACUGCCCGAGCCGAGCUUGUAAAAGAGAAGAAAGAGGUCUGCCGAGAAGUUAUUCGUGAAUUUGAGAAGACGGAGCAUGAGUUGGAAACAAACAUUAGCACAGCUAAACGUCGAGUUUCCCAAGCAACCGAACAGAUGAUGGGAAAGCUUCGCCAACUGGAGCGUGAAGCCAUUACUACCCUCGAGAAGUCUCGCGUGUCGAGGAUUGCGAAGUUACAUUCUGGAAAAGCAUCGGUUGUGUCUUUUGAAAAGCAACUUGACCAAGCAUUUGAGUUCAGUAACAACCUGGUUGAGAGGAGCUCAAGCUCAGACAUAAUGCAAAACAAGAAAAAUGUGCAAGAACGAAUUGAAGACCUCAUUAAGACCACAAUGCCAACACUUCCGGUUAGCUCGUGCGUGGAGUUUGUGUCGACAUGUGAACCAGAGAGUUUGAGUCUAGGAUUUACGAAAUUCAGCGAAACAGAUGUGCAAGGAUCGACCGUGGAAGGCUUGGAUCAGAAUUUUCAAGCUGGUGUAGAAGCAGAGCUGCUGAUUUGUCCCAAAACAAGCGAAGGAGAAAUCAGAAACACUCAGCACACAGGUCGUGUUGAAAUACACAUAGACCCUGCUGAUCAGGUGAGGAGUUUGGUGACGAGUGAAAAAGAAGAUGAAUGUUUCCAGGCAAAAUUUAUGGUGAAAGUACCAGGUACAUAUAAAAUAGAAGUUAAGGUAAACGGACAGAGACUUGUCGAGAGUCCUUUUACUAUUGUGGUCAAAGCACGAGAGUUUAACAUUGUUGGUAAGUUGGACUUUCAGGGAGAAGUGCUUCAGACGCUGGGUGGCAUUGCAGUGAACAGUAAAGGUGUUAUUGCUGUGGCUGAUUAUAAAGGUCACUGUAUCCUGGUAUUUGAUGAGACAGGAAAGUUUGUGCGAAAGAUUGGUGGUCAAGGUGACAAGGAUGGGCAAUUUGAGAAUCCGCCUGACGUCACGUUCCUCAGCGAUGACGAGAUUCUAGUGGCAGAUCAAUGUAAUAACCGAAUACAGCAGCUAAAUGUUCAGACAGGGAACUUUGUGAAAAGCUUUGGAGAACAGGGAAGUGGAGAUGAAGAGUUUGAGAAUCCUGUAGGUGUUUGUAUUACAAGUGAUGGACGUUUUAUCGCUGUAGCGGAGUUUGUUAACAGCAGAAUUCAGGUGUUUACAAUGGAUGGUGAACCUGUGUUCAAGUUUGGAGACAGCGGCCCAGAAAGGCUAGAUAAUCCAGUCGGCUGCGUUUGUUACGAGGAAAAGUUCUUUGUAGCUGACAAGAAUAAUAACUGUGUGAAAGUGUUUGAUGGCAAGGGACGGUUUUUGUACAAGUUUGGAGAAAAAGGAAACGGUGAUGGACAGUUGAAUUCUCCGUAUGGCUUAUGUGUUGACAAGUAUGGCAACCUUCUCGUAUGUGACCCGGGAAAUGGACGCAUUCAACAGUUUUCAUCGGAGGGAACUUUUACUGGCAAGACAAGUGCUAAGGUAACCCUAAGAGGACCUUGCGGUGUUGCCACAAUGCCAGAUGAUCGGAUUUUAAUCUCUGAAUGCCUUAAGAAAGAAGUAAAAAUUUUGAGAUAAAUCUACAAAUAACAAUUUCAUUACCAGUGCGACAUGGAUAUGUUGAGGCUUCAUGUUUUUUUUUAUCAUUUGGCAAAAAUUCUCUUAAAAUGUUUUAAUAGACGGCCAGGACUGACGACUAAGAAUUUUCACCAUUGCACUGACACAUUCUUCUCGUUUGUUCUUUUCUUUGGUAAAUUACUCGUCAUAAUGAAGCCGAAAAAUAGCUUAUGAUCAAAGGGACACGGAGUAUAUCGCUGUUAAGGUUGCUAAAUUUUGGGAACCUUUUUUAUAUCUUAACUUAAACAAAUCGGAUCUUCUUAAAUGGAAAUGUUAAGGACUUAAUGCUACGCAAUGUUUGAAUGGAUCGACUUUUAUGGACAACAUGGUCGAUAGGCUUGAUAAAAAAUUGAUUUUGAGCUAAAAUAUUUGUUAACUGUUUCUUGAACUACAAAAAGCUCAAAAUAUGUCAAGCGAUUGCACCAGAGAGCUUUCCUUGAACUACACAUUAUUUUCGAUAAUUGUAAGUCGUGUUAUUUACUUAAUUUACCAGUAGAAUUUAGCAGACUGUUGAAAUGCAUAAGAGAGGUGAUCAUGUGAUCAAAAAACUUCGUUUGAUUUUGUAUAAAUUAAAUGAGGACUUCUUUACAUUGUGAUAAGUGCAUAAUUAAUACGUGCAUGCUUCUGUAGCUGGCCUGAUUGUUUAGCGAAGUUGAAAAUGAAAAAUAUCUUUACUUUUUGUGUUGUGUUUAAGUUUUUGUGCUACAUGGACCGACAAGGCGAAGGAAUUGAAACAAAUAUGACAAAAUGGUUUGUUUUACCAUGCUUAACAGUUAGCAAGCCAGAUUUUAGAUAAGCAGUCGUGACGUAGAUUAUUCUCAUAAAAAAUAAAAAUUUAUUACAUUUUGUCAUUGUUACAGAAAACGUUGG